CAUCACAGUGAGCACAUUCCACAUGUUUUUUCCACUUUCUGAAACAGACUUCACUUUUGUUCUGUGACUUGAACUGAAAGCAAGUGUUUCAGCAGCUAAACCUUGGCCAGUCGAGUUUCUACAUUUGUUUACUUGAUUAAUUUAAAACAAAAAUGUGGCAACGUCGUGCACAGAGAGAGGACCAGCUGAGGUCAGAGGUCAGAUUCACUCUGCCUGUCCUGUCUGCCGACAAAAACCUGCUCACCAGCAGACAACUGCUUCAGAGUAACAAAGUGCCGAAGCUUGACGAGAAAAUCGUCUGCACCCUGGGUGAAGAUAUUUCACGGAUCCUCUCUGCCACUCAUAGCACAAUGAGGCAUCUCAGCUCUCGGCAUACGGAGGUCAGCCAGUGGCAGGCCCAGAUAUUUGCGAGCAUCAAGCGAGUAGACCAGGAAAUCACUGCCGUGGAGCUGGUGAAAGACACCGCUGAGUGCUGUCUCCAAGAGAAGCAGCUGUACAGUCAUCUCAUGAGCGACUGUGUGGCGCUCAGUAACAGUCUGAGCUCAGCAGUCCUGAGACAGGACCACGUCUUCAUUGAGCUGAAGAAGGAAGAGCAGCUGACCAUUGAGAUCAGAGAACUGCUCCAGAAGCAGAUCUGCAUCCUGCUCGAUAAACUAAGCUCUCUGAAGGAGAUCCGCACUCAGCUGCUGGCAGAUUUUCAGGACAAGGGUGAAGCCAUCAAGCUCACCACCAAAUGUAUCACCCACGACCUCAACACCCCAAGCUCCCGGCUCCCUGCCGGUCAAUACAAGCCCAACCAUGUGAACUAUGACAAGUGGCUGUCUCACUGCAAGAACCUGAAGCUGACGGCUGAUAACCUGAUUAAGGACUCUUCUUCCUUCAGGAGAAACCUGUGCUUUACCCUGGCCAAUCUGAAAAAUGCCCAGGAGCGCCAGCACUGCAGCACAAACGAUGCCCUGAGGAAGAAGAUCAAUAAGCUGAACAGGGUCCAGGACACAUUGAUCUGGGAGAGGCAGCGGAUAAGGGAAGAGAUUUCUGAUCAGACAAAGGACAUAGAGAAAGUGGUGGGUCAGAUCAGGAACUGUGAUUCCAAGCUGCAUCGGGCCACCCACUGCCUGGACAUCCUCAACCAGAGACCCAGACAUGAGCUCUGCCUGGACCAGCCCUACAUCAGCCUCACGCUGGAGAAAUAUGACCUGACAAAGAUGGCAGCUGGACUUUGCCCAAUACUGAAGCGCUCUCAGCAGGACCUGGAGCUCACACACAGGCGCCUGAUGAUUCUGGAGGACAAACUGGCCAAAAAUGCUCGUACCCUGGAGGUGGAGCAGAAGUGUGAGAACCUACACCGGAGUUUCCUGCCUGCACUCAACACCACUGUGGUCCUCGCCAACAAGCCCCGGCUCUGCACGGCAACGGGCCACUCCAGCACUCACUCCAACUUACAGUAGAGCCUGGUAGAGUGCAUUAGCACUGUACUGCACCCCUGUGGUCUCUACCAUGUGGUGUUGCAAAAUGUAAUAAAAUACUUAAAAGCAAAAA